CAACUCGGGAAACCACAAGUGUGCCGGCUCUCACUGGCUGUGUCCCUUUUUUUCGUAUUCCUCUCCUCCUGCUCGGACUCCGCUGGAUAUUCAAUCUGAAGCAACAUCGCGCACUUCAAGUACAAUUCGGAUUGCCUCAACAUACAUAGCAUUCACCCACCAAAUACAAUCUAACUUGUCCUCAUUGCCCUUGUCUUAAGGACAGCCCAACUCUCACACACAAACACACUUUUUCUGACAUGGGAUUUGGCGACGGAGGUCGAGGCCGAGGGGGUUUUAGAGGCGGCGGCGGACGUGGAGGCGGAGGAGGUGGAGGUGGUCGAGGCCGAGGUGGGUUUUCGGACAGAGGCGGCCGAGGAGGCGGUCGAGGAGGUGGUCGAGGAGGCGGGAUCCCCAGUCGAGGCGGUAGAGGUGCACCUGGUGGACGCGGUGGUCGUGGAGCUCCAAGAGGCCGAGGUGCCCCUGGCGGUGGUCGAGGAAGAGGUGGAUUGGGAAGCAAAGGUGGAGCCCCAAAAGUCAUUAUUGAAAAACAUCGUCACGAUGGUGUCUUCAUUGCCAAGGGUAAAGAACAUCUACUGGUCACCCGAAACUUGGUUCCCGGAGAUUCGGUCUAUGGAGAGAAGCGAAUAACGGUUGAAACUCCCUCAAGUUCUCCAGACAUGCCGGCCGAGAAGAUCGAAUACCGAGUCUGGAAUCCUUUCCGAUCCAAAUUGGCCGCCGGUAUCCUCGGAGGCUUGGACGACAUCUACAUUGCACCUGGAAAGAAAGUCUUAUACCUUGGUGCGGCCAGUGGGACGAGUGUCAGUCAUGUUGCCGAUGUUGUCGGACCAACCGGAACGGUUUAUGCCGUCGAAUUCUCUCACCGAAGUGGACGUGAUUUGAUCAACAUGGCCAAGAAGAGGACAAACGUUAUCCCAAUCGUGGAAGAUGCCAGACACCCCAACAAAUACCGAAUGCUUGUGGGGAUGGUCGACGUGAUCUUUGCAGAUGUGGCCCAACCCGACCAAGCCCGAAUCAUCUGUCUGAACGCCCAUCACUUCCUGAAACACGGCGGAAACAUCCUGAUUUCGAUCAAGGCCAAUUGUAUCGACUCGACUGCUCCCGCCGAGGCGGUGUUUGCCAGUGAGAUUAAGAAGAUGCAGAACGAGAUGAUCAAGCCUCACGAACAGCUUACAUUAGAACCUUACGAGCGAGAUCAUGCAAUCGUUGCUGGUACUUAUCUUAGACAUACUUAAUCCCAUUCACCCAUCCCGUACAUGUGUUCAAACCUGCUCACCCCUGAUACCGACUUAUAACCAUAAAAUGUGACCCUCUGGAGACCACCUCCAAUAAACAUGAUAAUGAUAUCAGACGCUUCUUCCAAUCCGCACCGUUUGUUCUGGCGUGAUAAACUGUUUUUUCUUUCUUUCCCCUUCCUUCUUCUUGUCUCUCUCCCUUGAUCUUUUCACUGCGCCUCUUUAUGCUUUCAACAAAUUUGUUUUAAUAUUCAUUCUCGUCAUUUUUUUACUUGAAAAAAAGAGGGGGCUCUUGUGUCCUCAGAUCAUGGAAGUCGGACUCUCUCUGAGUCCUUUUGUCACAAGCUGGUUAAGCCACGGAAAAAGUAAUAGCCAAAAAAUUAUUGGGGUUAUCACAGUUGAAAUUGGGCCAACAUACGGCUCGUACAAACCCGCAG